AUGAUUUUUCCCUACCAUGCUGCAUCCGCUGAUGGCGAGGAGAUCAAGCGACUUUUCAAGGAGGCGGACACAGAUGGCUCUGGUAGCGUGGACUGGCGAGAGUUUCUCUCAUGGAUCAUCAAUGGAACAGCUCUGAAAGGUAUGGGAGCCAAAGGCGCUGCCUCCUUUGAGCGAUUGUUGAACACGGAGACGCAGGAUGAAGCGAGCUUUGUGGAAUCAGCUCAAAUGGGUCACAACGUCACCGAGUACUUGAAAAAGUCAGGUUCAAAGGGAAAGUCAAGGACAAGAAAGAAGACGACAACAAAGGCUGGCUGUGAUGAAUUUGGAGUUCCAGCAGAUCAUUCUGGUCACCGGAUACAAUGGCCAAUGACACCGCAGGGUGCGAAAGACCUGCUGGAUCACUUCCUUCACAACGGCUCUCGAAAGCCUCUACAUGCAAGGCAUGUCCAGCUGAUCCUCGACGAAUUUGUGGCCUCCUACAAGAGUAGACAUCCAAAGCCAGUGAUUGAAACAGAAGUUCCGCAACCGGAAGGAAGGCUGGUGAUCGUUGGCGAUACCCACGGACAGCUGGCUGAUGUACUACACAUCCUGUAUCAUUUGGGACCUCCCAGUGCCCAAAACAGGUAUUUGUUCAACGGUGACAUGGUUGACCGCGGGAGUCAGGGCGUGGAGAUCCUUCUUAUCCUCUUUACAUUUUUUAUUGCAGACAAUGAGUCGAUCAUCAUUCAUCGCGGGAACCAUGAGAACGAGGAUAUGAACGCGCUGCACGCAGACAACGGUGGUGGUUUUGAAGAUGAGGUCAUGGAAAAGUACGGAUUGUCAGUGUAUCGGCACUUUAUCAAUGCUUUCAAGUCGCUUUCAUUGGCCUCGGUGAUUAACAAGGAAAUUUUUGUCGUGCACGGAGGUUUGACGAGAGUCAAAAACUUGACCGUCGAUUACAUCAACACAUUGCCAUUUCAGGAAUACACGGCACCUCAUCCAAUGUCCACCAACGUGAAGGAGCAGCUGUUUUCAGACCUAUUGUGGAGUGAUCCCACGGAGUAUGAGGGCAAGUACAAGUGGGUCGAAGUGAAGUGCUUCUGGAGAGGAGGUUGUGGGCAAGGAAGUCAGCUCUGGGUUGAGGUGAAGAUCGAAGAGGGUGAGGUGGAGAAACUUCAGGUAGUUCUUGAGAUUCUUGGGAUUCUGGCCAUUCUGGUGAGACCUUCUCCUGCAGGAAUGCCCAUGCAGAUCAUGCAGGACCAGCAUCGGGUUACAGCUGGCAACGAGGUGCCGGGCCUCAACGGUCUCAACGGUCUCAACGGUCUCAACAGUACCGUUCCGCAGCCGCAGCGCUUGCCGCAGCGGCUUUGCCCAUCGUGGCGCGGACACAUCGUGGCAGGCGCCCUGCCCGAGCUGCAAAGGCUGCGGAAGGUCCAGGAGCUGCAAAGACUGCGCUUCCGAGGGGUGAGCUUGCUUUUCGGCGAUGCUGCUUUGCAACGCCUGAAGCACAGCCAUGCCGCUGUCCUUGGCAUCGGUGGAGUGGGCUCCUGGGCAGUUGAGAGCUUGGCGCGCAGCGGCAUUGGCGGGCUCACUUUGGUUGAUCUGGAUGAGAUUUGCAUCAGCAACACCAACCGCCAACUGCAUACUCUGGCAGAUACCGUGGGACGUGCCAAGGUGGAUGUGAUGGCAGAGAGGGUGAGGCUUAUCAACCCGGACUGCAGGGUUGAGACAGUGCAAGACUUCUUUGUCCAAGAGACCGAGAGCGACAUCUUGGACUCAAGACCGUUUGAUGUCGUGGUAGAUGCCAUUGAUGGUGUUGCAAACAAGUGCCGCCUGAUCUAUGCGUGUCGUGAGCGCAGGAUUCCCAUCGUGGUCUCAGGUGGUUUGGGCGGCAAGGCGGAUCCCACCAUGUUUUGCGCCGAUGAUAUCACGCGGGUCCAUGGUGAUGGACUGACACGUCGUGUACGCAGCACGCUUCGGUCCAGAUACGGAUUCCCUUCUGGAGAGAAAUCGAAGAAGAGGUGGGGAAUACCUGUUGUCUACAGCCCGGAGACACCAAAGUUUGUGGCUGACGAGUUGUCCGAAGGAACUGCAGGAGACUCACCAGGAAGGAAGACCUGCGACAGCGGCUACGGGACCUUUUGCCCCGCGGCCGGUGCACAGGGCUUUACGCUGGCAGCGUGUGCUGCAAAGUCUGAUCGUGGCGUGGGAAUCAAGUAUGGCCCGGACGUCACGACAAAGUUCUGCAGCCAAAACCGGCUCAGGUUCAUGGUACGAAGCCAUCAGGUUCCGGAAGAUGGGCGUGGCUUUCAGAAGCAGCACAAUGAUCGUUGUGUAACUGUGUUCAGUGCUAGCAACUAUUGUGGAGAUGGAGGGAACUUCGGUGCCGUGAUCGUGCUUUCUGCCGCCAACUUUCCUCGCUAUGAAGUCUUUGAGCACUUUGCUGCUCCCCUGGAGGAAUUACCAGCAAUCGUUGCCCAAGGUGAUGCGACCGACUGGAAUCAGAUGUCAACGUCACAGCAGAGAGACAGUGUGGAAACUUCUCGUGCAGCUCGGCAAGAGAAAACCUUCGAGCGAAUGAUCAUCUCCAUCAUCGAGAAGAAGCCUCAACUCUGGGCGUAUAUCAUUCGAAAUUCACUAGGGCAGAAGCUGAAGGCGGAGGAUUUCGUCCAUAUGAUGGAACAGCAGACUGAUGGCGAUCAUCCCUGGAUGGAGGCAAUGGAGGUAUGGAAAGUAAUAGAUGCGAACGGAGAUAUCGAGGUCACGAAGUUUCUCAAUCGAUGGGUGGUGAAAAGCGAAUCAGCUGGCUAUUCCUCGUUUGUCAAUGAUGCCAUCAAGCAGGUCUAUGAGGCGAUUGUGGCAAUGGACAUGGAUCUGUCAGAGACCUUCAAAAUGUUCGACACCGAUGGAGAUGGGACUGUGGACCUCAAGGAAGCCAAGCAGGUCUUAGAGAAGUUUGAUCUGGGUUUGUCGUCCAGCCAAAUUGAUCGACUUCUUGGCCAGCUAUUCUCAACUUCUUCGGUCAUCACCACUGCAGACAAAGCCCGAAUGUCCAUCCAGGACUUCUUGGGACACUUUACCAUGGUGUACUCUGCCACGAACAAUGCAGACCUACCCAGAUGGUUGGCCCUCAGACACGCGAAGUCCAGCAUGAUCAACGAGGUGCUGGACACCUUGGGUCAGAUCGGUCGGCUGAUCGUCAAGGUGAAGGCACCUGGUGCGCCUGACGCGACUCCUCAUGCUGCAGCAGCAGCCUCCGAUAUGUCCAAACUAUUCACAGAGAUCGACACAUCUGGUGAUGGGAUUCUGCAGCUGGAUGAAUUUGUCACUGGCAUCGAAAAGUUGCCCGGGCUGGAAAAGUGCGCUGUCGAUGGUGUACCUUUGUCGCAUGCAAAGUUAGUAGAGAUCUCAAAGAUAUUGGAUGUGACGGGAGAUGGAACUCUCAAUUAUUUGGAGUUUCAACAGGCUUUCCAGCUGAAGGGACAGGGAACCACUGACUUGGAGAACAGUCUGGUGGAGGAUCUCACCACGCUGUUAUUCCGCUACAGGGUUCACAUCCGCACCGGCUGUCAAUUUCUUGACGAAGUUGACAGUUGCAAAGUGCUUUGCGAGGAGUUUGGAAAUGUGCUUCGUGGAGUGAACAAUGCCCUGCGCUCGAAUGAGCAAGGAAUCUCCGAGUCACAGAUCAAGCACUUGUCAUCAGCUUUGGCAGUUGAGGAUGAAGAUGGCCAGAUCGUUGCAUAUGACGACUUUCUCAGGUCCUUUGUCAUCGUUGACACUGAGACCCGUGAGGUGAUCAAGUCAUUCAGAGGCUAG